GUGUGUGUCUAUUGUAUUUCAUUUUUAAUAAUAAUAUAUCAGUGAUAUAUAUUAAUAAAUGAAGUGUCAGUGACACUUAAGAGGUUAUGUUUAGAAAUAUGUUGUUGUAAUUUUAAAUCAGUGCACCUUAAAUUUAUUUAAUAUGGAAAUUCUUGAACUAAAAGAUAUAAAAGCUGUUCCAGAUAUUAUUCAUAGUUAUCCAUAUAAAAUAAAGAAUGAGAGUAUACCAUUGGUUAUCGAUAAUGGUUCAUACAAUUGUAGAGUUGGUUGGGCUACUGAAAAAGAACCACAGUUAAUAUUUAAGAAUCUCAUAGCAAAACCAAGAAAGGAACGUGGCAAGAAAGAUGGAGAACCUCAAGUAGGAAACGACAUAGUUAACAUAGAAGCUGUAAGAUUUCAAUUGAAAACACAAUUCGACAGAAAUGUUGUUACUCAUUUUGAAGCUCAAGAACAAAUCUUUGAUUACACCUUUACCCAUAUGGGAAUUGAUACGGAAGGUUGUGUUAAUCAUCCAAUUAUCUUAACAGAAGCUUUUUUGAAUCCUAAUUAUUCACGAAAUUUAAUGGCUGAACUUUUAUUCGAAUGUUACAAUGUACCAUCAAUAGCUUAUGGUGUUGAUUGUCUACUUUCAUAUCAACAUAACAAUUGUCCAUCGGAUGGUUUAAUCGUUAGCAUUGGAUACCAUACAACCCAUAUAAUACCCGUAUUAGAUGGCAAAGCAGAUCCGGUUAAUGCUAGGAGAAUUAAUAUUGGUGGUUAUCAUAUUACAUCUUACAUGCACAGAUUACUUCAACUUAAAUAUCCUGUACAUGUUAAUGCAAUAACUCUUAGUCGUGCAGAAGAAUUGAUACAUGAACAUUCCAUGAUUGCAUUGAAUUAUCAAGAAGUUGUUUCCAAAUGGGCUGAUCCAGAUUACUACGAUGCCAAUGUGUUGAGGGUUCAAUUACCUUACAUUGCACCUUCUAGUACUCCUGGUUUAACCCUUGAACAACAGAAAGAAAGGAAAAGGGAAUUAGCUAGGAGAUUGAUGGAAAUCAAUGCAAGAAAAAGAGAAGAAAGAUUAGCUGAAGAUGAAGAAAAUUUGAAUCAAUUAUUAGCAAUACAAGAUCUUUUGGAAGAAGGCGAAACGGAUGAGUUUGAUCAAGCAUUGAAAACUUAUUCUUUGGCAAACGAAGCGGAUCUAAUUAAAAUGAUAAAUAAUUUACAAGCUAAGGUUGAAAGAACCAGACAAAAGAUUGUCGCUGCCAAUUCGCAAGAAGAGAACAUCGUUAUGGAAGAUCAAAAACCUAAAAUAAAAUCAAGUUUACAACCAAAGGAUCAACAAGACUUUGAAGAAUGGAUUUCUGGUGUUAGAAAGAGAAGACAAGAAAUAUUAGACAAACGUAUGGCAAAGAGACAACGUAGACAAGACAUGGCCAAACGUAGAACAGCAGCUGCACAGGAAAGAAUGCGUAUAAUUAGUCAAUUAGCAAGAAAAGACAAACGUGAUGACGAUUUUGGUAUGAGAGAUGAAGACUGGGAUGUAUAUAAAGUUAUUAAUAGGGAAGGUGGUGAUUCAGAUUCAGAAUUAGAACAAGAAAAAUUAAUAGAACUCGAGGACGUUCUUCGUCAUCAUGAUCCAGAAUUUGAUGGUGCUGGUUCUAGCGUUCCUUUAAUACCUGGAGAAACUCAUCAAUUACAUGUUGGAGUUGAACGAUUGAGAGCAGCCGAAUUACUUUUUCAACCUUCGAUGAUAGGUUCUAUAGAAGCUGGCCUAGCCGAGACUAUUGAAUUUGUCUUAAAAUUAUAUUCCCCUGUACAACAAAAACGAUUGGUAAGCAACGUUUUUCUCACCGGUGGAUCAACAGCAUUUCCAGGAUUACUUGAAAGACUUAAACGUGAACUCAAAGAAAUAAGACCAUUUGGUUCGAGUUUUCAAAUCAACGUAGCCAAAAACACUAGUUUAGAUUCUUGGUAUGGUGCUAGAGAUUUUGGUUUGAGUGGUAAUUUACCUGAAUAUCUUGUUACUUUUAAAGAGUAUACAGAAAAAGGUGGUGAAUAUUUGAAGGAACAUACUGCUAGUAACAUGUACACACGAUCACCUGAUCCUUUACCUAUAUUACAAGUUCCUGUAACAUGUGAACAAGUGAUCGUUGAAGAUGCUAUAAUCGAUGUUGAAAUUGAAUAAAGAACAUUGAAUUAUACAAGUCUUGAUACAAUACUAUUUAAGGAGAAAAUGGUGGAGGUAAAGUUGACAAAAUCAAACAGAACAAACUGAUAAGAAAUUUGUUAAUGAUAACUACUUUAUUACACAAGUGUUUUCUUUUUUUGUUUUUUUUUUCUUGUUUUGUUCGUUUAUUUUAUUACGAACAAACUACAUUGUAGUCUGUUUAUACUAAUUAUAAUAUACAUUUCUUUUACAUCGCACUUAUUUUCUUUUUUUCUUUUAGCAGUCAGAGACAUAAUUAUUUUGGAUAUUAUUUGUUCUUUUUUCCUUAUCUCUCUCUCUCUCUCUCUCUUUCUCUCUCUGAGAAUAGUCGAUAUCUGUGCAAUUAGAUAUACAUUUGGAUGGCCUAAAAAAUGUGAAAAUGAUCAUCAUCAUCAUCGUCAUCAUCAUCCCUCACCUUUUGCAAUUAAAUCAUUGAUUAACAGCGACCUCAUUCAUCAGUACACUUCAAUCGAGUUAAUGUCUUAGGACUUAUGCUAAAAUCACAAUAUCACAUAAUC